AUGGUCCUAGGAAUUCUGACUGCCAUAGCGGCUUGUCCUGCGAUCAUUGGUACUACUGAAGCGAUUCGCCAAGGCCAGAGAAAGAAUGCCAAAGAACAACACAGGGGCGUGAAAUCGAACCUCAUCGUUUCUUGCCGCAGUACCUCACCCGCGGGUAGGGACGUCGAUGGGUGUGCCAUAGUGUUGCGCAACAACAAGCUAUACAUUGCGGUGAACAAGACUGAGGGUCGAGUCAACUGUUCAGGUCAUUUAUUUGCAGACUGGGGUCGCAAGGGAGAGGGCCUGGUGUCUACAAUCUACGAUGAACCUCCACAGCUAAAUUGGAUAUACGUGGAUCAAGAAACUUAUGAAGUGAAGUACGGCCUGCGAGUAGAGUCAGAACACCACCUUGCUGGGCCAUGGGAUUGCACUCGGAUUGAUAAGAGAAUUACCUUGGAGGGCUGGGAGGGCUUCAUGGCCGUGGAAGAAGAUGAGGGGUCGUGGGCGCUCUAUUUUGACCGAGAUGACAAUGGCUUGGCUGGCAAAAGAUCUAAGGAAAGGAUUUUGGAAGUUGAGCUGACAAGGAAAGAGAAGAGAAAGGGUAAAGGUGAGCACGAUUAA